CUUUAUGGAUUCAUUUUCUUAUUACAAGAGAGAAAAUGAAGAUGAUGAUAAUAGAAUGUUGUGUCUCUAGAAGUACAACACGUGUCUGUGCCACUCUCCCUCAAACAAAAUAUCCAUGUAACAUUACAAGAAGACCUUUAUCUUUGUCUCUCAUCUCCACCACUUUCUCUGCUUUAAUCUUCUCACUUACUCCUCAACCUUCAUUUUCUUCUCCAUCAUCUUCUUCAAAAUUUCCAAUAGCUGAUUUUUCCGAGCUCCCAAAUUCUGGUGGUGUUAAGGCUUUGGAACUCCUUGUUGGUUCUGGUGAAGUUCCUGAAGAUGGUGAUCAGGUUGAGAUUCAUUACUAUGGUAGACUAGCAGCAAAACAAGGAUGGCGUUUUGAUUCAACCUAUGAUCACAAAGAUGAGAAUGGUGAUCCUAAUCCUUUUGUCUUUGUCCUUGGCUCUGGAAAGGUAAUUUCUGGAAUUGAUGUGGCAGUGAGAUCAAUGAAAGUAGGUGGUAUUCGUAGAGUCAUCAUACCACCAUCACUUGGGUACCAAAACACAUCACAGGAACCUCUCCCACCUAAUUUCUUUGACAGGCAGAGGCUGUUCACUACCAUUUUUAAUCCAACUCGUCUUGCAAAUGGUGAAGGCUCCACUUUAGGAACACUUAUAUUUGAUAUUGAACUGGUUGGUCUGAGGCAUCAUCAGUGAUUUCAGACUGCAUCAUCCAGCCAUCUACAAAACAAACAAACAAUGAAUCUUUCUUUUAUGGCCAUUUAAGGACAACUUUUCUCAAAAGAGAUUUAUAUUUAGAGACAAAUAGUGUGUAACUCUAUUUCUCCACUAUCAUAUGAUUUUUGCUGAGUAAACCAUCAAAUUAGUCCCAAACGUUGUUAGGCGCUCUUAAAUAGAUUCCCGACUUUAUGAAUAUUUUAAAAUGGCCUGUGACUCUGUUAAUUUUUA